AGCUGAGAUCUCUGAAUGUAUCAUUGCUGAGACGCGUGAACGAAGCUGAAACAGCAUUAGAAUCGCGUUUGUGUUAAGUUGUGAGGUUUAACAAGAAAAAAAAAAAAUGAGGUUAUUGUUUUUGUUAUUCAUCGCUUUGUCUUUCACCUAUGUCUUUGCUGAACAAAUCUUCCCUGUUCAUAUCGGUAGUAUAUUUGGUGGUAGUGGUGGUGGUGGUGGUGGUAGUGGAAGCUCUCGUGAACCGAAAUACAAGAUUGAAUUUCAUCCAGAAGAUUCCCCAUUUCACCCUGAUGAUGACCAGGAAUCUUUAGUUGUACCGGAUAAAAAUGGACAGAAAUUCAUAUGUUACUUGCCUAAGGUGGAAAAGGAAAAAAGUGGAAAGCCUCCUAUGCAGCACAAUGUUAGCAGCAUGAUUGUUGAAACUGAGAAAAGGGUUAAACAGAAGACACCAGACGAACUAUUAGAAAUAUUGAAGGGUCCAUGCUUUAUCAGACAAGAAGGUUGGUGGUCUUAUGAGUUUUGCUAUCAAAAGAAAUUUCGACAACUACAUUUGGAGGAUGACAAGGUAGUCCAGGAAUUUAUCUUGGGCGUAUACGAUCCGGAGGCAACAGCUGCAUUUAACCAAAAUCUUUCUGACAUUUCUACAUUUAAGGAUCCCCGAUCAAAGGAUGCUUCACAAAGGUAUCAUGCUCACCAAUAUACCAAUGGAACCGUAUGUGAUCUUACGAAUAAGCCAAGAGAGACUGAGGUGAGGUUUGUAUGCUCAGAACCCAGAGCAAUGAUCAGUUCAAUUACAGAGAUUUCAACUUGUAAGUAUGCACUUACAGUUCAAGUCCCUACACUAUGCAAGCACCCAUUGUUUCAAGAGGAGAGACCAGUAUGGCACACCAUCGACUGUAAUGUGCUUCCAAAGGAUUACAAGGAUGGUAAAGUGAAACAAGAAGACAGAGAUAUGGAUAUUGUUAUGGUCACAGAUUCAGAAAUUAAUGAUUCAGAACAAUAAUGUAAAUAUACACAAUGAAAAAGGAUGUUGUCAGCAUGUAGGUUCUACAAUGAACAAAAAGCGGCAUUAGAUCACGCAUUUUCUACAAGCCUUCCUUCCUAACAGGGGAUAGACAGUGCUUUUUAAUCUUCCAUGACAUUUUCCUGUGAAGUGUAUUUCAUCUAAUGGAGGUUCUUGGAGCAUAUGCAAGAUUUGUAUUUUCUUCUGCUCAUUGUUAUUAUUAGGGUUAAUGGUGUUUUACCCCCCUGUAAUAUAGGUCAUUUUUUGUUUACUCCCUGUAAAA